AUGACUCUGAAUAUCAUUUUCAUGAACUUCAUAAUUGCAGUUAUUUCAGAAUCCUAUGAAAGAGUGAUGUAGAAAUUAAUUGCAGAAUCAUACAGAGUCAAAGCAAAUAUGAUUGUAGAAAGGGAACAGUUUUUUGCUAAAGAAGAUUUGAAAAGCACGAAAUAUUUCCCUAAUUGUAUUGUUGUUAGAAGACCAAUAAAUGCAGUGUCCUAGGAAGAUGGGGAAUGGUAAGGAUUUAUCAAAGACUUGAAAUACACAAUAAGGACAACAGCUAUAAAGUCUAAAGCAGAUAUUAUUCAAAAUUCUCAGAAGAAAACUCAGGAGCUGGAUGAAAAAAUUUCUAUUUUGAAUUUGAAGCAUGAUGAAAAUAGCAAAAAAUUAGAUGAUUAUGUUAAAGGACUUGACAGUAAAGUCCUUAAAAUUCAAGAUGACAUGGAAUUUAUAAAAAAUUCUUUAACUUAAGUACUUAAAAAAUAUAAUUAGUGA